UCCAGAUUCUGUGGUGUGAAGACUUACCUUGGGUGUCUCACCCUCUGGGGAGCUGAAACUCAACCACAGGCACACACAUUCCUGCUGAAGCAGGACACCUUCUGUGACAGAAGUCAGACUCCUUCCUGUCCCCAGCCAUGCUGAGUGCUGCCCUAGCACUGCUGAUGGUGGUGGCGGUGGCCGAAUUUCUCAUUGGGCUGGUUGGAAAUGGUGUCCUUGUGGUUUGGAGCUUUGGAGAAUGGGUCCGAAAAUUCAAUGGGUCCUCAUACAACCUCAUUGUCCUGGGCCUGGCUGUCUGCCGAUUUCUCCUGCAGUGGCUGAUUAUGAUGGAUUUAAGCCUGUUUCCACUUUUCCACAGUAGCCACUGGCUUCGGUAUCUCAGUGUCUUCUGGAUCCUGGUAAGCCAGGCCAGCCUGUGGUUUGCUGCUUUCCUCAGUGUUUUCUAUUGCAGGAAGAUCAUGACCCUUGAGCACCCUGUCUGCAUGUGGCUGAAGCAGAGAGCCUAUUGCCUGAGUCUCUGGUGCCUUCUGGGGUACUUCAUGAUCAGUUUGUUACUUGUAACCCUCAUUGGCUUAAAGCCCUAUGAUCCUUCCCAAGGCAACAGCAGCAUUCUGUACCCCUUUGAAAGCUGGCACUACCUGUAUGUAUUAAAGCUUAAUGCAGGAAGUGGGUUGCCUCUGAUGGUAUUUCUUGUUUCUUCCGUGAUGCUGAUUAUCUCUUUGUACAGACACCACAAGAAGAUGAAGGUAUAUACAGCUGGUAGGAGAGAUGCUCGGGCCAAGGCUCACAUCACUGUCCUGAAGUCCUUGGGCUGCUUCCUUAUCCUUCAUGUGGUUUACAUCCUGGCCAGCCCUUUUUCCAUCAUCUACAAGUCUUCUGCUAAUCUCCUCAUUAUCUUCAUCUCUGAGACAGUCAUGGCUGCCUAUCCUUCUCUUCAUUCUGUCAUAUUGAUCAUGGGGAAUCCCAGGGUGAAGCAGACUUGUCAAAGAAUUCUCUGGAAGAUGGUGUGCGCUUGGAGAUCCUAGAGAAACGUAUGCUCAGAAUACUCUUUUGAGACACUUUUUGAUAGCUCUCUAUAAAGGAGCUGACUUUCAUAUCUUUCAAAAUUUUUCUUUUUUGACACCAAAUCAACAAAUGAGCUACAGGAAAUUCAGAUAAAAACUAAUGCUGUUUCUCUUCUGGCAAUGUAAAGUAUAACUGUUUUAUUGUAUUAUAGACAUCGAGA